AUGACUGGCAAGAACAAUGAUGGCUUUGAAUGCGAUAGCUGCGAGCAUGAAUAUUCAAAUGAAAAGAAGGAAGAACUCAUCGACGAUUUCGCUGAAACCAGGAUUGAUGUAGGGGAACCAGAUGUGAAGUCUCGCUUCUCCUUCCGGAAAUUAUGGAAGUUCACCGGGCCCGGUUUCUUGAUGUCGAUCGCCUACCUGGAUCCAGGAAACAUUGAAAGUGAUCUGCAAUCCGGGGCAAUGGCUCAAUACCGGUUGAUCUGGGUGCUAUUGGCUGCCCACAUACUUGGACUUCUUAUGCAACGUCUAUCGGCUCGAAUCGGUGUGGUUACGGGACAACAUAUGUCCGAGAUUGCGCAUUCGUAUUAUACAAAGGUUCCGCGCUUCGCCCUAUGGAUUAUGGUCCAAAUCGCCAUUAUCGGAUCUGACAUGCAGGAAGUCAUCGGGACGGCUAUAUCGCUGUUUUUGUUGUCGAAUGGAAACAUACCGCUCUGGGUCGGUGUACUGAUCACAAUUUGCGAUACCUUCUCUUUCCUGUUCCUUGAACGAUACGGUGUCCGAUAUUUCGAGUUAUUCUUUUGUUUCCUCAUCUCGUGCAUGGCCGUCUCGUUUGGUUACGAAUUUGUGAAAACCACGCCUGAAGCAGGAGGUCUAUUCAAGGGGAUGGUGUUGCCAUGGUGUGAUGGAUGCGAUAGUGAUCAAUUAUUACAGGGUAUCAGUAUUGUCGGGGCCGUUGUGAUGCCGCAUAAUUUCUAUUUGCAUUCCGCCUUGGUGCAGAGCCGCAAAGUUGACCGAAAAAAGCGUGUUGCGGUGCAGGAGGCCAACCUUUAUUAUUUCAUCGAAUCGGCUUUGGCCCUGUUUUGCUCGUUCAUCAUUAAUGUGCUGGUGAUGUCCGUGUUUGCCGCUGGAAUGUAUGGCAAAAGCAACGCACAUGUGCGUGAGGUUUGCGAAACUACAGACAAUGGCAUGUCCAACUUCUACAAAGACGUUUUUGCCAACAACACCGAUGAUGCCGAAUCGGACAUCUACCAUGCUGGAAUCUAUCUUGGCUGCACUUUCGGCGUUGGGGCCCUUUACAUUUGGGCAAUCGGAAUUUUGGCCGCCGGCCAAAGCUCGACAAUGACUGGAACUUACACCGGGCAGUUUGUUAUGGAGGGCUUCAUCAAACUACGCAUGCCUGCCUGGAAGCGGUUGCUUUUGACCCGUUCUUUGGCCAUUCUUCCAACCCUUGCAGUCGUGAUUUUCAGUGGUGGAAUUCAGAAUAUCACUGGCUUGAACGAUUUCCUGAACUGUGUGCAAAUGCUUCAACUCCCAUUCGCCUUGAUUCCUGUCCUAACGUUUGUAGCUGACAAGAAAUUGAUGGGAGAAUUCUCGUGCUCCUUGACCCAAAAAUGGUUCUCAAUGUUGGUGUCAAUUCUCGUAUUGGCGAUUAACAUUUUUUUCCUUUAUGAAUGGGUUGGAGAGGAAUUCGGGUGGACUCCAAUCGCAAUUGCGUCAACGGCAGUCCUUUGCGUUAUUUAUGGUGUGCUGAUUAUUUAUUUGACGUAUUAUUGUCUCGUGGCUAUGGGCACCAUUUCACCAUGGAAUUCGCAAUGGUUCCCCAGCCCAAAAUAUCAAAACUUUGAUCAACCGUGGACCGAAGAUGAUGUCAGCCAAGCCGACUCGAUCCACAAGAAU